CGCUGUGCGUCGCCUCAGUCACCACGGUAACGGUGCGUUUGUAAAAGUGUCUUAAGGGGGAAAUGAGGCUGAAACGGCUUCAUAUUCGCUAUUUUCCACCAGGAAUAAUCCUGGACUAUGAGAAAGGAGGACAGCAGAGGACUAAAUCCAUUGACCUGCUGGAUUUGACCCCCGAGUGUGAUGUGAACGAGGUUCUGUCAGAGAUCAGGAGAGUGGAGCCGCUAAUCACCGCCUCCCGAGCAGAGCAGGUGAAGAUUCUGAUCCAAAGACUGCAGGACAAGCUCAGCCAGCCGGACCACCGCAAGUUCUACCUGUUCAAGGCGCUCCAGGCUCAUAUCCUGCCUCUGACGAAUGUUGCCUUCAAUAAAUCAGGGUCGAGUUUUAUAACUGGGAGCUACGACAGGACGUGUAAAAUAUGGGACACUGCAUCAGGAGAGGAGCUGCAGACGCUGGAGGGCCACAGAAACGUCGUUUACGCCAUCGCUUUCAACAACCCCUACGGGGACAAGAUAGCCACUGGCUCCUUUGAUAAAACCUGCAGGUUAUGGAGCGCUGAAACGGGGAAAUGUUUCUACACCUUUAGAGGACACACCGCCGAAAUAGUGUGCCUGGCCUUUAACCCUCAGAGCACACUGGUUGCCACGGGCAGCAUGGACACCACAGCUAAAUUAUGGGAUGUGGAGAGCGGUGAGGAGGUUUAUACCCUGGCCGGUCACUCUGCUGAGAUAAUCUCUCUCUCCUUUAACACGGUUGGGAAUCGUUUGGUCACAGGCUCGUUUGACCACACAGUCAGCGUGUGGGACGUUUCUUCAGGCAGACGAGUGCACAUGCUGAUAGGCCACAGAGCAGAGAUCAGCAGCGUGAACUUUAACUGGGAUUCAUCCCUCAUCGUCACUGCCUCCAUGGACAAAACCUGCAAGGUGUGGGACGCUGAUGGUGGUCAGUGUUUAGCUACUCUUGUUGGUCAUGAUGAUGAAGUGCUGGAUGUUUGCUUUAACUACACUGGUCAACUCAUCGCUACGGCUUCAGCAGAUGGUACAUCACGGGUGUUUAACGCGCAGACAUACGAGUGUGUGUGUAAACUGGAGGGCCAUGAAGGAGAGAUCUCUAAGGUGUGUUUUAACCCCCAGGGGACGUGUGUGUUGACGGCCAGCGCGGAUAAGACGGCGCGCGUGUGGAGUGUGAGCUCCGGAUCCUGCCUGCAGGUGCUGGAAGGACACACUGACGAGAUCUUCUCCUGCGCCUUCAACUAUGAAGGAGACGCCAUCAUCACAGGCAGUAAGGACAACACCUGCAGGAUCUGGCGCUGAGGGGAACGUGUGUGUUUCUGCUGGAACCUGCAGGAUUUUGAGGAACGUCUCAGUGUUAAACACAUCCUGAUCUCUGUGCUGAAGACGUGUGGAGCAGAAAUGUGUCUAGAUUCAGUCUCUGUGCUGCUCUUUUACGGUACACUCUUCAAAAAGAUGGUUCUUCAAGGGUUCUUUAGUAAAGGGAAUGGUUCUAUUUUAAUCAAUUAAUCAACCUUUAUUAAAACUCAGAGUACACUGACCCUCAUUUACAAUGUAGCCGAGCCAAUACAGAAAACAGCACUGCAACUGCAAAAAAUGGAAUCUUGUCAAGUAAAAUAAUCUUAAAUAUGGUCAGAAAAUAUUUCUC